UUGAAAAUUAAUAUUCCCCUAAGUUCUCAAUUUUUCUAUUUCUUUUUUUUUAUAUAAAUUUAUUGAUAUGUUGAAAUACCUUUUUGCAUUGUUGUUUGUACGUUUAAUCCAAUGUGGAACUUUAAAAGAAGCACGUUUUUUGAACGAUGCUAUGAGUGAACACGAUUUGGCUUACUACUUUCAAACAACUGAUAGAGACGCUAUUCCAGACUAUGAGGUAGUUCAUCUUCCGGUAGAAGAAUUAGUGAAAGAUGAUUUGAAAGAAGAAAAUGACGACGAAGGCAUAGAAUAUUCAUUUUCCGCUUUCCAAAGGCCGAUUAAUUUAAAACUGAAAAAGAAUACCAACAUAUUAGGAACGACAUUUAAAACAUACAUCCAUGAAGAUGAUAAUGUUCAAUACUUGAAUCAAACACCAUUAAACUGUCAUUAUUUACACGAAGAUGAAGAAUUUGUUGCCGCACUUAGCAUGUGUACCCCUAAAGCUGUGGUUGAUUUAAUUAGAAAUGUUAAUUGUAUUUUAGCAAGGUUUUACUUCUGGACAACUACAUUCGAAAUACAUCCGUUAACUCCGAAACUUCAGAGAUUGGUAAAGAGGGAUAUUAGUGAUGAAGAACCUUCUAGUCAGAGAAGAGUACCUCAUAUUAUUAAAAGAGCAAGAUUCGCGAAAGAUUUCUUGUUUGAUGAUUUAUUUCCUACAGCAGGUAACCUCUUGGACAGAAAUGAAGAGUUAAAUGACAACAUAGGCGAUAUUUUCGAGGACGAAAUUUUCCAGAAUACCCUUAAUAAUAACCUUUACCGUAGAGCUCCGCCAAUGACUGUAGAACUAGCGUUGUUUUUUGAUGAAGCAGCAUAUAAAAUAUUUGGUCCUUAUUUUGGUUACGAUGACAGAAAAUUACAGAAUAUGCUACUAGCCUACAUAAACGGCGUAAGUAAAAAUUUCGUACUCUACUUGCAUACCUAUACAUACAUGCAUAUGUACAGGGUGGGUCAAAUUCGACGCUUUUAAAUGGAA